UAACCUAUAACAGUGACAGUGUAUGUAACCUCAAUCAAUUGAUUUGAAACACUUCUUCAUAAUGUGGAGAUCGGUAUCAAAACUUUUAUAUUCGUCAACAAAUACCAUUUUAAAAACGAAUACACUUGACUUACAAAUACAACCUUCUAGGAAUACAUUCAUUUUGAAAAGACGAUGGCCACCAGGUUUACAAAAGAAGAAUGGUCCAGCAAAAAAAUUACGUGGACGUAAUUUUGUAUACGAUUUAGUUGAAGACACAAAUGUACGAGCUCAACAGCUCAUGGAAGUGAUCUUGACUUCGUAUGUAGAAGGUCUAGGUGUGGCUGGUGAUGUUGUCCAAGUCAAGCCUAAUUAUGCGUAUAAUAAAUUGUUGUUACCAAAGUUAGGAGUUUAUAAAACACCAGAAAAUGAAGCCAAAUAUCUAAAGAAUCAAAUUCAAACCAACAUUCAACAUAGUUCACCGUACGCACCAAAAACUCAAAAAGCAUUGGAGUACAUGCUGUUACAUGUGACCAUGAAUAAAGACACAGCCUGGACCAUUGAACCGUGGCACAUCCGUGCCAGUUUCCGUAAAUCAGGCUAUCAUGUACCAGAACAUGCUAUCACUUUACCAGAGAAACCAAUCAAUGGACCGGAUCUAACCUUGGAAGGGAAAGAAUUCUAUGUAACUGUAACGAUAAAUAAGUUUGAGAAAGCACAAGUGAAAUGUAGACUGCACCAUUGGAGUACUGAGCCAAGUGAACGCUUACCAUUCAUUUAUGAAUUCUGGAAGAAACCUGCAGAAGCGAUCUUUGAAGAACAAACUCCAGUUUUAAAUAAAUUACAAACAAUGGUGCAACCUGAAACCAAUUCAAUUUAAACCAUUUUUAAAUU